AUUCGCCCGGGCGGCGGCGGCGGAGCUGCGAGCGCGAGCCCGGGGCGGCCGCCCAGCGCCAUGUCGGUGAACACGGACGAGCUGCGGCACCAGGUCAUGAUCAACCAGUUCGUGCUGGCCGCGGGCUGCGCGGCCGACCAGGCGCAGCAGUUGCUGCAGGCGGCGCACUGGCAGUUCGAGACCGCCCUAAGCACGUUCUUCCAAGAAAGCAACAUUCCUAACAGCCACCACCACCCGCAGAUGAUGUGUACUCCUAGCAACACCCCUGCCACACCGCCCAACUUCCCUGAUGCGCUGGCCAUGUUCUCCAAGCUUCGAGCCUCUGAGGGCCUGCAGAGCAGCAGCCCCAUGACAGCCGUGGCCUGCUCCCCCCCUGCAAACUUCAGCCCCUUCUGGGCCGCAUCCCCACCCAACCACCCAACGCCCUGGAUCCCGCCCUCUUCCCCGAACUCCUUCCGCCAUCUCCACUGCCCACAGCCCACGUGGCCCCCUGGAGCAUCUCAGGGGGGCGCCCAGCAGAAAGCCAUGGCAGCAAUGGACGGCCAGAGAUGAGACUGGAUGGCACUGGGCUGGAGCAGGGGGCAGUCCAGGGUUGUGGGGACACAGGAGGGCUGGGGAGGGGGCAAAU